GGGAAGGUUUGUCUGUUGUCGGCUUCUGUACUUCCAUCGCACCAGGAAGUUGCAACUUGCCACAAUUUCAUUCAUUCUGUACAGUUUGUGUAGUUUUUACACUUAAUUUCAAAAUGCGUAGAAGAACCGAAGCUCAAGCUUCAAACAAUGAUCCCGUCAAUGCUGAUAGAAAGGAUCCUGAUCAAAGGCAGCUCAGCCAAGCUGAAGCUGCAGGCAGAGUAUCCUACGGCUCUGUGCUCAUGAUCAUUGGGAAGUGUUUACUUGUGAUCAUCUUCAUUCCACCGUUCCUCAACUAUGCAUCGCUGCAGAGAGAAGGACAGAUGCUCUUGCCUAAAGAUGGCCAGAUUGUUGAUGUUGGUUUGGGUCAAAAGAUGCAUCUUUUGUGUAAAGGACAAGGACAACCAGUUGUCAUACUAGAUGCACCAACUGGAAUGUCCUCAGACGUUUGGUUGCAUGUCCAGGAAAGUUUAGCCCCACUAACAAUGGUCUGUACCUAUGACAGGAUGGGACUGGGCUUCAGCAAGCGUCUGGUGCCGAAUGAAACCACAGGAACUGAGAGAGUUUGGGGCAUGUCAACGACUGGACGGAUGGUGGAUGAUCUGCACCGACUCCUGCAGGCUGCUGGCAUCGCCAAGCCCUUCAUCCUGGUGGGCUCGGAGCUGGGCACGCUCAACGGCAGGUUUUACAGCCACAUUCAUGAUGUGCAAGUGUCAGACCUGGUGCUGAUUGAUCCCAUCCCAGAGGACGUUUUUGAGGACGAACAGUGGAAAGAGUACUGGUGGGGUAAGCUGAUGCCCUCUCUCCAAGCCAGGCAGUUUUCAGCAGCGACAGGGCUGAGCCGCAUGCUGAUUAUCCUCGGGGUGAUGGAACCGACGGUUACAGGAGAAAACGUCUCAGAGGAGGUCGUCCAGCGGCAGAAAUACUUACUAAGUAACCCUGCCCACCAGAGCAGUGCUGUGGAUGAGCAUUACUUUUUGAACGAAAGUGCAGCUCAAGUAAGGGAUAUCACAAAGUUUAAGCCCCUCUCCAGCAGGACGGCAGUGAGUGUGAUCACUGGGGAUUCCUUUGACCAGCAAAUACCAGAACAUCUAAACCAGAUGGUAGCUAAGCUUCAAAAGAAGUUUUUGGAGGAGUCUUACCCAUCAGCCAAUCACAUUCAUAUAAAAGGAGCAGACCGGCGAAUGAUCUACAAGAAGCCAUCUGCCAUCAGCCAGCACCUGAGGAAGCUAGUCAACCAGCGACAAGGCAAACAGCAGAGCGGGUGACCCCUGGCCAACAUGUAACAAUACCCCAGACACGGACAGGGGAACCAUUGAAUAUGUUUAAAUAUUCAAUAACAUACUCAAGUUAUCUUUUUCCCUUUCCCUUCAGCAAUCUGUAAAGACUGUGUACAUGUCGACUAAGGUUCAUCAAGAAGUCAGUUUUUGAACAUGUUUUUUGCACAGCUCUGCUUCUUUGGAAGCUUUUACAUUUAAAAUAACUGGAGGGGGUUUCAGUGUGAUGAAAUAUUUGCUGUCUUAGAUUCAGAAAAUCCUAUCGUUCAAGUUGUUAUUUCAGUUUCUUUUACCUGAUAGCCAGAGACAAAAAUUAAUACAUUACCCCUUAUCAACGUAAAGGCCACACACGUCAAUUCUCAACCUGAUACUUUAUUUUAAUCUAUUUCAGUUCUGUAUUAAUAUUGUUAUAGCCACAGGGAAAAGUGAAUUGAGUUCCUCUCUCUCUGUCAUUAGUUACUUAUUGAGUUAAAUCACAACCCGAUAUGGACCUCUACCUUUGGAUUUGCUUUGAUUUGAUUAAUUUGCGAAACAGAUGAUUAUGGCCUGCAAAGCUAAUUCUUGAUUUUUGUACUUUUGCAUCAAUUUUUAAGUGUUCUGUACAUAUUUGUGGCAAACAUGAACCAUUUGGCUGGGUAAACAGGAGUGUGAAAGAAAGACCAGACAACAAUGGUUUAUCCUGAGGAUUUAAGUUUAAUUAUGACACCACAUCAAAAUAAAAAUUUCCAACAGAUCUGGAAUUUAAUUCCAUCCAUAUACAUGCAUAGCAACAACGUUUUAAGAAACAUUUUCUCCCAUAAUCAGGACAUUGGAAUGAUCAUUUUACAUCAGUAUUCCCACUGAAACUCCCACCCAUCUUGUUCAUCAGCAAUAAACUUAAUUCUUGUACAACUUCUUUUUUUUCCCUUUGGGGUUACAAAUAAUUAUAUGCACAGUCCCCAUUUCAUAAUACUGCUUUCAGUAAUGUUCCCUCAUUUACAAAGUAUUGCAUUGAGAGCAAAUUUCAAAAAGGGAGACCAAAGUGUAUCAUCAAACAGAAAUACGAGUACUAUACAAGAAUGCUGCCAUCCUCAUGAAAACAUCCACAUCUGAGUUGAAGAAAAGAGACAGGGACAAACAGCCACAUAUGUAUGCAAAGCCUUGUGUAUAUGCCAAAAUGUGAGAUGCAGGGUUGUGCCUGGUUAUCACCCCCAAAUGGUGAUUUUUUUUUUAAGGCAAACAAGUCAUUUGUAGCAAUCUGCAAGUGACAUUUUGAGCAUAUACAGAAACUGGUACAGCAAAUAAGAAUACACAAGUGCCUCAGUAGCUAUUUUUGUGUCUAAAAUGCAUCUCAUUUUUGUAUUGUCUAUUUGUUUCAUUGAGCCUACACUACAGUGUAAACAAUAUGUGUGCUACACAAGAAUGACUAUACAAUAACAUUACAAACAACUCUGAUAUAAAUUUCAUUUUGAAUUUAAAUUAAGAUCACUACUCCUAUUAAUACUGAUUGUAAAAUAAA